AUGACACCCUAUACCCUGGAGGAGGCCGUCGAGCCAGGAGACCUCAUCAUGGUCUGGGCUCCUGGUAAAGCAGAAAUGCUCCUCGUCAAGUCCACUGGCAGCGAGGCUACUUCAGCCGCGUCCUCAGUCACGGCGAAGAUUAUCCCCUGGCACAUUCCAAUAGAAGAAGGAUACUGGACAUUGGAUGGACCGGUUAUAAACUACUGGGAAGAGGACGAGUCGAAGAAGGGUGAAGACAAAGACAAAAACAAAGAUGACGACGACGACCCUAGUAACUACCAAGAGACCAACCUGGACUUCUUUCUCCAACAGUAUAAGCCCACUGAUACAGAGAUAAAAGUGUUCGUGCAUCCGCAUGGACAAGAUGUUCUUCAAUACUACUUUGGUGACGAGUGCCCUGAAUGUUUUGGAGACCCCAUUAUCUGUCCCGGGUGUGGUGGUGUCAGUAUGCGAUAUCCAGAACACUUUGGUUGCUGUUCACUCAAGAUUGCGUGCCCCCAUUGCAUGGGAUACCACUUCUCGCUUGAUGACAAGGAGAUGAACCAAUAUCAACAAGAGCUUGCAGACCCAAUAUUCAAGAUAAAAGAUGCAGUACCUUCAUCCGAGGAGGAUCUAGAGCGGCUAAAUGAGGAUUUAGACUUGGCUACAGAGGAGUAUAUCGAUCACAAGAGAUACAGACAUGAGCUUGUCAAUUCGCGGAGGAAUGAAAUGGGCUAUCCCAUUUACAACCUAGACAAAAUGACAGAGGGGAUGAGAGAGGGGAUGGAUGAGAUUAAGGAGGCAUUGUCCAAGAAAUUGGAUGGCACUAAAUUUGACCAGUCAAUGCGAUACGGAGCUGGCCAGGCAAGUGACGCACCAAAGCACAUUUUAUCUGUAGCAGCCUACCUGGGAAAUAUCUCACUGGUUGAGCAACUCCUUGUACAGGGCGUGGAUGCGAAUGCGAGAAGUAACAUCUUUGGCCAGUCAUUGCGAAACGCUGCCUUGAAAGGCCAUUUGGAUAUUUUCCGGCUCCUGCUUAACAAAGGAGCUGAUGUUGAGGGCGGGAGCUACUCCCAAACUGAAGGGACCUGCAGGCAGUGGAAAGACGAUACGACAAGGAAUCUCUUGGAGCAACAGUUUUCUGGAAUAUCCCAUGUGGCUAAUACUACUGUUGAAGCGGCAGCCCAGAAGGGCCAUAAAGAGAUAUUGCAACUUCUUUUACGACCAGAAUUUCGCAUUUCACGAUCAACUUAUAGCUAUCGGAGGGCAAUUAUCUUUGCAGCUGAGGGAGGAGAUGCUGAGAUUUUAGAAAUCCUUACUGCAAGUGCUGAUUACAGCAUUUGUACGCCAUUAAGACUUGCCACUUUCAACGGUCAUAGCCAAACGAUUUUACUGUUACAGCAAAACGGGGCCAAUAUUAAUGGCGGACCCGAUCAACCACUUUAUAUGGCAAUCUUGAAUGGAUUCGCCCAGACCGUGAAGUUGCUCCUAGAUUAG